AUGUAUGCCAUUGUACCUGAGGUGUGCAAAAUCAUAUAUCAACAACUUGUACCAAGAUAUGUACGCCAGCCUUCAUCAGCUGAUUUCAAGAGAGUGGCUGAAGAAUUUGUACAAGUAUUACACUUUCCCCACUGUAUAGGAACCAUUGAUGGAAGACAUUAUCCAAUUCGACAACCUAAGCACUCAGGAAAUGCUUAUUACAAUUAUAAAAAAAUUUUUAGCCUGAAUAUGAUGACCAUCUGUGAUGUUCAUCAACGGUUCUUGAUGUUUAAUUUGGGAGGAUAUGGUUCCUUCAAUGAUGCGUUUACCUUCAACAACAGUGAUAUUUGUGAAAUGUUGCAAGAUAAUCAAGCCAUCCCUAUUCCAGAACUGUUACCUAAAUUCAAAUAUUAUGACACCAUAUUAUCUAAUAGGAGAUGGUGGCUUUCCGUUGCAAACGUACUUAAUCAAACCAUUCAUGAAAAUUGCUAA